AUGGCUUCAGUCGCAAAGGGCAUUGUUCCGGCUGCCGAUCUUCAGUCUUUCACUGAGUACUUGAAAGGCUGCAAGCGUAUCGUCGCUGUUCUCGGAGCUGGAAUAUCAGCAUCAUCAGGUCUACCCACGUUCCGUGGCGCUGGCGGAAUAUGGCGUUCACACGAUGCUACCUCCCUCGCAACUCCGGAGGCCUUCGACGAGAAUCCGGGCCUUGUAUGGCAGUUCUACAGCUACCGACGACACAUGGCCUUACAGGCCAAUCCCAACAAAGCACACCUUGCGUUAGCGGAGCUAUCUCGAAGGAAUGAAGACUUUAUCACAUUAUCUCAAAAUGUCGACGGUAUGAAUGACCAGUCCCUUGUGUUGGUAUUAUUGCAUACUGAUAAGAUUGCGCUUCACCUAGGUCUAUCCCAGCGAGCAAACCACCCCUCAAAGCAGCUCCAUCUGCUCCAUGGCACUCUAUUCAACGUCAAAUGCACGGAUUUCUAUUGUGACUACAGCGAGUCCAACUUUACAGACCCAAUCGUGCCCGCCCUUGAAAUCCCGAAAAAGCUAUCAGGCCUUCAUCCAUCCGAAUCCGACAAGACCGGCGAGGCAGCAUCGAAAGCGCUAGGUGAAGCGCUAAGCGGCACCGCAAACGAGGUUGACAUCUCAGAUGCCAGCAAUCCCAUCGCCGAACUGGAUAGAAAGGAUCUGCCACAGUGCCCCAAAUGCAAGGAUGGCCUGCUGCGGCCAGGCGUCGUGUGGUUCGGAGAACCGCUACCGGAAGAGACGCUUGCCUACGUCGAUAACUGGAUUGCGGAAGGUCCGAUUGACCUGUGCCUGGUGAUUGGAACUAGUGCACGAGUAUGGCCGGCUGCGGGAUAUAUUCAUGAAACCCGUUCGAAGGGUGCUCGCAUCGCAGUGGUCAAUAUAGAUCUCAAGGAUUCACCCGGCGAGCUUCAUAAGGGUGACUGGUUCUUCCAGGGAGACGCUGGCGUCAUUGUUCCUGAGAUUUUGAAGGGGGUUAUUGGCGAGGUUUGA